CCAGCCCAGCCUCCUGUGCCCCCUGCUCCUGCCCCUGCCUGUCCUCUGCCCAGUUGUCCCCCGGUGUCUGCCCCCCACCUCACACCUCAUGCCCCGGGUCCCCCAGACCCUCCAAGCCAGCCCCCCAUGACAGCCUGCGAGAGGCUCCCACACCCUGCCACAGGCCUGGGCCCCCUCAGGGAGGAAGAGAUGAAGCCAGAGGCAGUCCCCAGCCCCCCGCAGCAGGCCCCUGUCCCUCCGUUACCUGUGAAGAAGAGCCUUCCAGCUGCUCCUCCCAGACGACGCAUCUCUGAGAAGCCAUCCCUAGAGGACCAAGGUGCGGGAAUGGCGGCAGAGGGGGACCAGCCAGCUCUUUCCAGGACAACCCUACUCAGCCUGCCUCCCCAGGUGGCCUCAGACAGCCCUGGGGACAAGCCUAAAGGGACCACGGAGCAAGGCCAGAAAGCAGAGGCGAAAGCCAGCCAUCCGGGCGGCCUGCCAGAGCCUCCGAGGAAGACCAAACAACCCCCCGUCCCGCCCCCCAGGAAGAAAAGGAUCUCGCGGCAGCUGGCUUCGGUCCUCCCUCGUCCCUUGGAGAGCGCUGAGCUCUCCACACAGGCGGUAGCCUCUGAGACACCCACGCCUGGUCCACCCCGACAAGGCCAAAGUCCUGCCUCCCAAGAGGGGACUGUGCGCCUCCAGGCCCAGGCCAGUGCCCACCCUCAGAGCUCUCCAGAGUUCAAGGGCUCCCUGGCCUCCCUCUCAGACGGCUUGGGAGUGCCCACCUUGGCCCCGGACCAGGACUCCUACUCAACCAGCAGCACAGAGGAGGAGAUGGAGCAGUUCAGCAGCCCCAGUGUGAAGAAGAAGCCCUCGAUGAUCCUGGACAAGGCGCGGCACCGGCUGAGCUUUGUGAGCUUCAGCAGCGUCUUCCGCGCCUUCCUUUCCAACGACCGCAAGCUGUUCAAGAAGGUGGUGGAGCUGGCGCAGGACAAGGCCUCGUACUUCGGCAGCCUGGUGCAGGACUACAAGGUGUACAGCCUGGAGAUGAUGGCACGCCAGACCUCCAGCACCGAGAUGCUGCAGGAGAUCCGCACCAUGAUGACCCAGCUCAAGAGCUACCUGCUGCAGAGCACCGAGCUCAAGACCCUGGUGGACCCCAGCCUGCACUCCGAGGAGGAGCUUGAAGCAAUUGUAGAGUCUGCCUUGUACAAAUGUGUCCUGAAGCCCCUGAAAGAAGCCAUCAACUCCUGCCUGCAUGAGAUCCACAGCAAGGAUGGCUCAUUGCAGCAGCUCAAGGAGAACCAGCUGGUGAUCCUGGCCACCACCACCACCGACCUGGGUGUGACCACCAGUGUACCAGAAGUACCCGUCAUGGAGAAGAUCCUGCAGAAGUUCACCAGCAUGCACAAGGCCUACUCACCUGAAAAGAAGAUCUCCAUCCUGCUCAAGACCUGCAAGCUCAUCUAUGACUCCAUGGCCCUCGGCAACCCAGGGAAGCCCUACGGGGCAGACGACUUCCUGCCCGUGCUCAUGUAUGUGCUGGCCCGCAGCAACCUGGCGGAGAUGCUCCUCAACGUGGAGUACAUGAUGGAGCUCAUGGACCCUGCCCUGCAGCUGGGGGAGG